GGGUCUGGGAUGAUGCAGAGUUUGAAAACUCGCAGCUGAAGUUUGAAGGGUGUCCUCCUGCCCGGGGCGGGGGGAACCGGAGGCACCCACCGGUGUGUUGUGGCAGGGACCCGGCAGCCCCCGGCAAUGCGGAGUCGGGCAGCAGGGAUUGCGGAGAGUCUGGAGGGGCACCCCUGGGUGACAGCCUCCGGCUGUGGUGGAGAGGAGGCAGGCUGAUUAGUUGCUGGAGGAUUAUUAUUAUUAUUUUUUUAAUCAUUGCUUUUUUUUUUUUAUUUAUUUUUGUAUUUUCUGUGGGUUCCUGGUGUUGCAUGGAAGCGGUGCAGGUGGCCGGUGCCCAGCUCAGGAGGUGACAGUGUGCUGCGGGCGGUGAAGCACACGAGGAGGAGCGCAUCAGCCGGUGCUGCGAGACAUGGCCCAGCGACUGUGGCGAAGGACGGGGCUGAAGCCCCCCGCCCCGGCGGCCCUCGGGGUGCUGCUGGCCCUGGCCCUGCUGGCUCUCACCCGCCUGCCCCCGCCGCCGGCCCGGCCCCCCCACCCGCUGCCAGCAUCCUCCCCACCAGGCCCCCGGCGGGAGGCGGCCGCCCCCCUGUCCGGGGGACGAGCCCGCAGCGAAAGGCUCCCCGUACCCCCCGCUCUCCGGCAGCGGGACCACCCCCCUGGCCGGGGCAGGAGGCGGCGGCGGGGGGUGCGGGGGGAUGCUCCCCCGUGGCUCUCCGACGACGACCUCCAGAAGAUGCGGCUGCUGGCCGGCGGGCAGGUGGUCUCCAAAACCCGUGUCCCGGCCCACGGGCAAGUCCUGCGAGUGGGGCUGCGGGCCGCGGGGGAUGCCGAGGGGGACGCCUCGCCAGCCAGCGCGGAGGGGGACUGCUGGGACGGGCGCUGCGGGCUCAUCAAGCGCCCCGGGGACCUCUACGAGGUGCUGGCCUUCCACCUGGACAGGGUGCUGGGGCUGAACCGCAGCCUGCCCGCCGUGGCCCGGCGCUUCACCAGCCGCCUCCUGCCCUACAGCUACACCGACGGCUCCCUGCGACCCAUCAUCUGGUGGGCGCCCGACCUCCGGCACCUGGAGGACGCCAACAACGACCAGAACUCCUGCGCCCUGGGGUGGCUGCAGUACCAGGAGAUGCUGCGGCCCCACAGACCGACACCGGCAGGGAGGGACGGCCCCUGCUCCAGCGUCGCGCGCGGCGAGUGGAGCCGCCUGGCCCUCUUCGACUUUCUGCUCCAGGUUCAUGACCGCCUGGACCGCUACUGCUGUGGGUUUCAGCCUGACCCCUCUGAGCCCUGCAUGGAGGAGAUGCUCCACGAGAAGUGCCGAAACCCGGCGGAGCUGGUCCUGGUCCACAUCCUGGUCCGGAGGAGCGCACCGUCCCGCCUAGUGUUCAUUGACAACGCGGGCAGGCCACAGCACCCCGAGGAGAAGCUCAACUUCAGGCUCCUGCAAGGCAUAGACAGCUUCCCGGCUGUGGCAGUGGCCACGCUGCGGUCGGGCAGGUUGCAGAGCCUGCUGCUGGAGUCACUGCGUGUGGAUCGGGAGCUCUGGGAGAGCCACGGCGGUGCCAAGGGCCUGAGACCCCUGCUUCGGACCAUCGACAGGCGGGCACGCAUCCUGCUGCGGUACAUCCAGGAGUGCAACCUGACGGUGUUCGAGGACUCGCCGCGCUGAGCUCCUCUGGCCGGCACGGCGCGCCUGCCUUGCAAAUCCCAGCAGCAAUGGAUGUACCCCACGCCCUCAGCGUGGGAGAUGUAAGACUGCAUGCGGGUGCUUGGCUCUCCAAAAGGUGUUUCCCCCCGCCUUGUAGAAUACCCUGGAGAAGGAGACAGGAUCAGAAGGAGUAGGAUAGAGGAGGAGAUGUCUCCUGAAACAACCCACAACUGCUUGAGAAAGACAAGUUAUCAAGUAAAGGUCUCAGCAUGGAUUUUCAAAGGAGGGGCACAUCCGUGAGACUUUUUGGGUGCCUUCACCCCCUCUACCCCAGCAACUUUGAAAACUGGAGGCUUGGACAGUUGAACAGCCUACGGGGACCCUGGGAAGGGUUAAAGAAGCAGUGAGAGGCACUGCUCAGGGCUAGGGGAAGUCACUGGCAGCCUUUCCAUGGCUUGCACUGGGCUUUUUGAUGACGCCUUCGCUGUUCCCAAAACAUCCCAGGCAAAGAGGCUGGAGUGGCAUGGGGGAAGUGGAGGGGAGCUUUCUCAGUGGAUUAAGCAGGGGCAAGUUGCCCAAGCUGAGCUCUGUCUUUCCCCCCGCGGAGGUGAUGCGUGCCUGGGAGUGAGCGCCGAAGCUGGGGCCAGGCAGGACCCCGACCGCAGGCAGCACAUGGCAGCAACUGCCCUCACAGAGCUCGUGGUGCCGUCCCCAGCGAAUACUGUCUGUGUGCCUUGCGCCAUGCCGCAGCAGGCUUGGGCUGCUGCCAAGGUGCAUUUUUGAGUGUGGGAUUUGGAGAUUUAAAUCUCUUACUCGCUCUUUCCCUUCGCUGUCAGGGGAUUAAAACGCAAACCUACCCCAAGCUCUGCCACUUGUGAAAAGCACUCCUGCCUGCUCUCUUAGGCACGGCUGCGUGAAACUCUUUCCAAGGCUUGCAGAAAUAUCUUCCUGAAACGCCAGGCUAUUUCAGCAGAAGGCAAUCAAGUGCAAAAUGCUUUCUGAGCACCCUGGCACCUCCGGCAGAGCCCAUCCCGCUCCUGUCACCCCUUAGGCUCUUGCCCAGCAGCCCACUGUGAUGGGGCACAGCAGCGUCCCAGCCAGGCAGGUCCUCAAAUGUCAGGGCUGAGAGAUAAUUCAAAAGCAAAAUGAACAUGAGGAAAAAAGAUACAGGGAUGGGCUCUACCAGAGCCUCUCACUCUGUGCAGUGUGUUUCCCAGAUGAGGCAUGCAGUCAGUGUUUGCUUGCCAAGAGCAGCCGGUUCCUGGCCUGUGGGCUGAUGGUUUGCCACCAGGAGAAGACUUCUUAAAGGGUCCUCAGGGAGCAGCCCUCCAUUUCUUGAGCGGUACAUCCUCCAUGCUUGAGGCACCCCAAGUUACCUGUGCCUUUGGAAAGUCUUAGUGAGACCGGCAUGGGCACCUGCGCUGUGCUGCUGUCCCAUUGCCCUAGCUUGGGAGAACACGGGCAUCCACGCAGUGGGAGAGGCAGAAAAGGUGGGCACUGAUGCUUUCCCUGCUCCAUCCCUCUCAGCACCAUGUCAGUUUUAGAACCUGCAAGGGGAUACUUUAACACCCAUGCUGAUAAGCACAAGCAAUUACCCUUUCUUCCCUUUUUCCUCUUGCUGAGGAGAAGAUGAAGCAAGGUGUGGGUGACAUGAAUCAACAAGUGCGAGUGCUCUCAGCAAGUGUCGGCACUCAGCAUCGCGGGCAUAUCAGCAUCCAGAUCGCCGGCAACAUCUUACUGGAGACCUGCCCUCCAGCUAGCCAGGGAAAGCCUUUCCCCCAUCACCCCCUCCACCCCAUGAGUUAUCACCCAGUUUGCUGCGCCGUGGGAUGGAUGACUGUUGGGGAAGCCCCGCUAAAGCCCAAAUCAUGGGGAUUCAUUAUCAGGAGGUGAGCUUAGCCUAUAAGCAUGGAGGAGAACAAAAUAACUCCUCCUGGGUCCUGUGAAAAGCCAUGCCCUGGUGCGACCUUAUACGAAUGAAGGAGACUAAAUGUAACAUAAUUAAAUCCAGAAAAUAUGCUGUGAAAAGCUAUGUGGUAACAAGAGCAUUAGUUAGGAUGUGUAACAUCAGUCAUAGUCUUGUUUUUCUCAUUAAAAUGAGAAAUUUAAUUAAAAGAGAGGUUUUCAUCCCAUGUAAGCCAAGUUCUCAGUGAGAAGCAAGAGGAAGGUGGGGCACUGUGCAGUGGCCAAAGCUGUAGACUUUGCUGUGCUGGAACAGCAACAGCUUUUGCCUUGCCUUUGGUUGCAUCUGCUUGACCUUAACAUUGCACAAGAUAGUGGGGAUUUUUCUAGGGUUUUUUGCAUGUCCUUAGUUGUAAUAUGUGAGUUUGCUGGCUAAACACAUAUGGGAGCAUCCGUAGGCAGUUACACACGUGAAUAAAAAUUGCUCUUGAUUUAACAAAGAGCCAUGUAUGUAUAAAUGAGAGAAG